UGGCCGCCCAGGGCGGACGCGCACGCGCAAUGUGUCAAUUUCGAGACGAUUCAUAAUAGAAAUUACAUUGGAAAUGCAAAAAAUGACUUAUUUUUGUUCCCUUAGGAAGUUUUUCUCAGUCUCCACAAGUUUUAGCUUGAAGUUCAUGACAUAUACGACCAAAAAAUACCGGAUUAUGGCUCGCAUUGUUUGAAGAAAGUAGUUCCGUUUGCUCAUGUAAAUUGUGGCCAAAGCCUCAUAGAAACGCCAUAUUCUAUCUCUUGUACGUCGCAAAUUCGAUGCACAAACGCUUCUAUAGACAAUACUCUAAAUGCAAUGGCCGGUCUCCACAAGUUCAAAAGCACUGUUUACAUGCCGAUGUACAAGUUCCCGUCCAUUUUUAAUGCAUGUUUUAUUGCCUACCUGGUUCCAAAAGCCUUCAAAGAACAGCAAUAUAUCCAUCUUUCUUGUAUCAUGCCAUUUUGCUUUAAUGGCGAAGGAAAUCUCCAAAACUUUGCUUCUUUCGCAAGGCAAUUUCGCCAACAAACUAUAAAAAUUGUCGCCAUCUUUUUUUCCGGGUUUUCCCCUUCCUUUGGAACCCUUAGUAAUCCUUAUUAUCCUUUAGUAUCCAUAGUAAUCCUUAAAAGCACAACAUAAACAUUUCGCAAUUCUCAUUUGAAAGUAUAAUGUCGGACGAAUUCACCCGCGAAAUUCGCUCGUCGUUUGAAAGAGCUGUUGUGGUCAGCCAACCUGAUCUAAGCUAUGCUGCAAAGGAAAAAGUGAGAGAUAUUAUUUGUACAUUGGUAUUGCCAUAUCCCCUCAUAAAGAAAUGGUAUGAUAUUGUACAGAAUGUUGGUGGAAUCGAAGAAAGCUCAAAUCCGAAAAACCCAGAUGAGAACAACGAUGUUUCGAAUUGCCAAUGCAAACAUAACAGAGUUACCUACGUUUGGCUUGUGGAAAAAUGUAUUGCUGGUGGCCUUUUCGCUUUCACAGAUGAUGAAGUUGUGAGGAAUGAAAUUGACAUCAAUUUAUCCAAGAUUGCUAGCAGUGUUUACCAAUUGUACAAGAAGACGAAGGGGAGGGCAAGGAAAGAUUUAGACGAGAGAGUUCGCAAAUUCCAUGUUUUUGAGGGCCAGACUAUGUCUGUCAUAAAACUACGAGAGGAGCUUAAUAACGUGCAUAAUGAGCUUAAUAAUGUGAAUGAUGAACUAACAGAAUUUCGAAAAAAGUAUGAAAAUUUGGAAAAAGAGAAAGAGAAACUCUACAAUGAGAUGGCCACCACUAUUAAACAAAAGGACACAAUGAUUACCGAGUUGCAAAAGAACAACAGAGAACUGGAACAAUAUGCUCAAAUUCUGGAAAAUAGUAUAGGAAUAUCAGCAUACAAAGGAAAGUCAGUAUCUGAUGUGAAAAACAAAACAAGAACCCUAAAGUCGUUUUUGUCACGGGCACAAGUUGCAUUGUGGUUCUCCAGUUCAUUUGGCAUUGAACUGGAGAGCCUUGCUGUUAAAGAAACUGUUUCUGGGGAGAUUCAUAAUUUAAAAUGUGAGCAAAGCAUUCCUAGUGAGCCCUCUGACCCAAGCAAUGAAGAGAGAAAUAAUGCAUCCUUGCCAAAGUUUAAUAAUUUAUCACCUGAGGACAAAACUAAAGUAGAGCAAAUACUGUUUUUAGUGGACAAAUUCUGUGUUGGUGAUGUAUUCUACCACGAGUUAUCCAUGCUUGUUGAAGGAUUACCAAGAUCUUACCUAGUCAAACAAUGUCGCAAAGAAUUAAAUAAAAUGUGCCAUAUCGAUCCACUCAAAGGAGAGUACAAAGGAGCCAAAGUUAGUUCAGUUGAAAAUAUGUUUAGCACACACAUUCAAGAUUUUGUUGAACAGAAUCCAGAAUUUAAUGUGUCAGCAGACACAAUCAAGAUCAAAAUCAGUGGUGAUGGUGCAGUAAUGACUAGAACUUCCAAUUUCAUUUUAUUGUCCUUUUCUCUUCUUCAAACAGGCGAAAAUGUCAUGUCUGCAAAAGGUAAUAGAACAAUUGCCGUAGUGGAUGGAAAAGAAAGUUAUGAAACUAUGGAGGAAUCUUUUGGAGUUGUGUUUCAGGAAAUAAAUAAAAUAAUCUCUAAUGGAAAAAUCAAGGUUGAUGGGCAAGAUAUAAAAACUGAAUUUUUCCUUGGAGGAGACUAUAAAUUUAUUCUUUUGAUGCUUGGCCUCAAAGGAGCAAAUUCUGAUUAUGCGUGUGCGUGGUGCAAACUUCCAAAAAUAGACCGCUGGAGGAUGGAUCAACAUUACAGUUACUUUAACACGAACCCACUUUCCAGAUCCUUAGAAGAAAUUCAGGAAUUGUGUGAGAAAUCAACAAAUAACUUUUGCUGUGCUAAAAAGCCUCUGCUGAACAUUGAUUUGAACCACACAAUAAUCGAUGAACUUCACCUUUUAUUACGAGUUACUGAUGUCCUUCUAGAAAACCUUGUAAACGAAUGUGUAAAUUGGGACAAGGAAGAUGAAAUGGACAUCAUGAAAGGAGAUGAGCGUGGUGUUCAUCUCUCAAAUCUUGUUGAGGUAAUUCGGUCUUGUGGUGUUUCCUUUAACGUAUGGGAGAAGAGGGAUGUAAACGGCAGAACUAGUGGACAAUAUGAGUGGACUAGCUUAAUGGGGCAUGACAAAAAAAUUCUCCUUGCUGAACUCCCUGAAAAAAUGGGUUUAUUUUUACAUCCAGAGACAAGCAAUUUAGUGGCACAAAUUUGGCGAGAUUUUCAGGUCGUUUAUCAGCAAAUCAACAAAUGGGAGCCAGAAGGUAGUGUAACUGAAUAUUGGAUUAAGGCCAAGAAUUGGAUCAAACUUUUUUUACAAUUAAAUGGCAAAUUGGAAGGGUAUGAAAGGAAACGGAUAACUCCUUACAUGCACAUUAUGGUUCAGCAUGUCCCCAGAUUUUUCGAGUUACAUCACUCCAUAAAACAAUUUACAGGUCAAGGCGUGGAAAAAAACAAUGAUGUAGCUCGAAGUGUCGUUCUUCGCAAGUCAAAUAAAAGAGACUCAACUGGGGAUGUGUUGCGAAUGGAGCAGCGGCAGUGGGAAUUGCGCGGUCAUGAAAGAAAGGCUCGGAUAUAUAACAAAACAAACAUGGGGUACUGGAAUAAUGAAAUAAAAGAAAACCGGCAGAGAUUGAAAAGGCAAACUUUGCGCACGGAGGCAAGUGAUGACUGUAAUGAACAACAUUCUGUAGUACUGGAGCAAGAACUUCCACAUUUUAGCACUGUCAAUGCAAUGGACUUUGAAAAAAUGACAACUACUGCUUUAAGGGAACAAUUAAAAUUAAGAAGUGCACAUGGAUAUAGCAAAAAAAGAAAGACAGAACUGAUAGAUCAGUUAAGACAAAUUUGCCAACAUGAAAUGAGGUAAUAUGUACAGUACCCAUUAUCAA